CCUGUCUCGACCAAACGCAGUAGUGGGACUCUCGUAGUCCGGGUCCACUCCGGGUUUCGGUCCGAACACGCCGUCAGACCACAGCGCAGCCCGCGCCACCCAGGCCUCUGACAGCCGGACUAAGUGGUUGGUGAUAACCCACCGACGUAACGCGCCCACCAGCCAAACCAGUGAGCUUGGCCUUUGUUUACCUGCUUCUCAGGUAGGACGUGAGCAGGGGGCAGGGCCAACCAGCCGGUAGGAGGGAUGCCUGUGGAGGGCGGAAGCGGCAGUGGCUCUGCUUCAGCUGCCCGUCACCCCAAGCAGAAACGCAAGGCUCACAGUUUGUCUAUCCGGCGCACCAACAGCACAGAGGAGAGGCCACCGGGCGUCCAAAGAGGAGACAUGCUGGAGGGACAGGACUCCAAGCUGCCCCUCUCCUUGCGGAACAAUCUUCUGGACCUUUUUGGCCAAAUUGAGCGCGAGUUUGAAAAUCUUUACAUUGAAAACCUUGAAUUACGCCGGGAAAUUGACUCCCUGAAUGAGCGUCUGACCGGAGAUGGACAGACUAUUGAGGGAGGAGACCCCACCAAGGGAGCCCUGAAAACAAAAGCCAGCCACAGCACCAGUCAACUGUCACAGAAGCUGAAGACGACCUACAAAGCUUCUACCAGCAAGAUCGUGUCCAGUUUCAAAGCCACCACAGGGUCUCGGGCUUUGUGCCAGCUGCUCAAGGAGUACGUGGGCCACCGGGACGGGAUCUGGGACCUCAGCGUCACCCGAACUCAGCCGGUGGUCCUUGGCACCGCCUCUGCAGACCACUCGGCUCUGCUGUGGAGCAUAGAGACUGGGAAAUGUCUGCUGAGGUAUGCUGGUCAUGCAGGAUCAGUCAACUCCAUCAAGUUCCACCCCACAGAGCAGAUGGCCCUCACAGCCUCCGGGGACCAGACGGCUCACAUCUGGCGCUACAUGGUGCAGCUUCCUGCCCCUCAGCCGCCACCAGAUGUCAGUGCUCCGUGCGAUGACGACCAGGACUCGUCAGACAGAGAGGAAGGCGAGGUGGACGGCGAGGGCCCGUGCGAGGUCCCCACCGUCCGGGUCGCUACGGCGACCCUGAAGAGCCACCAGGGUGUAGUGAUUGCAGCCGACUGGUUGGUUGGAGGCCGACAAGUGGUGACGGCUUCCUGGGAUCGUGCUGCCAACCUGUAUGAGGUGGAGACGUCUGAACUGGUUCACACGCUCACUGGCCAUGACCAGGAGUUGACCCACUGCUGUACCCACCCCACCCAGCGGCUGGUGGUCACCUCAUCCAGAGACACCACCUUCAGACUGUGGGACUUCAGAGACCCGUCCAUCCACUCUGUCAAUGUCUUCCAGGGACACACAGACACGGUGACGUCGGCAGUGUUCACGGUGGGCGACAAUGUGGUCUCGGGGAGCGACGACCGCACCGUCAAGGUGUGGGAUUUGAAGAACAUGAGGUCGCCUAUUGCAACCAUCCGCACCGACUCGGCUGUGAACAGGAUAAGCGUCUCCGCCAACCAGAGGAUCAUCGCUCUGCCACACGACAAUCGCCAAGUCCGACUGUUUGACAUGAGCGGAGUGAGGCUGGCCAGACUUCCCCGCAGCAACAGAAUGGGUCACAGGCGUAUGGUGUGUUGUACAGCGUGGAAUGAAGAGAACCAGUCGUGCAACCUGUUCACCUGCGGCUUCGACCGGCAGGCCAUCGGCUGGAACAUCAACAUUCCCGCACUGCUGCAGGAGAAGUGAUGCUACUGACGCACGCGCACGCGCACGCGCACGCACACGCACACCCACGCACGCACGCACGCAAAAUAACACACAGUGACGUAGGAGACUGAUCAGAAUCUAUCCGUGUAUAUACAAUAUGGUAUAAAUAAACACUGUAUAAUCCGUGGACCUCGUACAUGCUCGUACGAUUAAAGUGUUCAGUUAGUCGUGGUGUAUCUCUCAGUUUCCAAGGCAACCGGGCAGGUGUGAACCACUGUUCAUCGCCACGGUUGGUGUCGUUUUUCGGGAUGCAGCUAUUCACAUUGAUCGAUGAGAGCAUAUCGUUCCCCAGAUCAAUUCGGUCUGUCUGCCGAAACCUGCAGAGUGUCGACCGACAUAACCGGGCUCCGACAUUUUAAGGUCCAAGUGUGUACGAGGCCACAGAGCCGCUCUUCUGUAUUUGAGCCCUUCACUCACUUAGCAUGGAUUGUGAAUUGUGACACGGGUCGGCGGAUCCGGUCUUCCCCAGCUCUUUCUGGUUAAAAAUAUAUAUUUGACCCCACAGUUACAGGCUGCUGUUCACAACACCGCUGUUUAGUUGCUGCUGAAUGGAUGCUCUUGCAUGUAGAGGAAGCGGGUUUGUGAAUGUUACUUGUAAAGAACGCUUUUAGGGCCAGGGCCGUCUGUCGAGUAUGAUUUAAAGACAUAAUGUAUAUGUGUGGUGCGGGUUGUUGCUUGGUAGAGGAUUACUGUCUCGCCGGUAUCCGCCUUUGUGAGGGUGGAGCUUGGAGAGGACGGCGCGGUUCUGUGAAACCUUUUGAACAUAUCAUAUUCAGGCCUGCAACUUGUCUUAAAUUCUUUCAAACAGGACCCGCUGUCCUGUCUGAGAUUCGAGUCGUUGCCUACUACCUUCGAUGCUUUCAGUUCACAGCCAGCCUCCAUCUUCAAUGUUUUCCAACUACUUAAGAUACUGUAACGAUGCCUUGUUCCAUGUUUACAGCAGGAUUAAAAUCUUUUUCUUUUUCUUUUCUUUUUUUAAAUGUAACGUACUUUUCUAUUCUGCCUCUCUGUCCCGAUGCAGAGUGUCAAGAGCACAGCAAUAAUGGGGAAACAACUGCUCUCGCGUUGCUCACAAAUCCUCCGAAGGGUCUGUGACUGGGAUGCGUUCGACGUAAUCAUGCCGUAGCAGGUGUAGGUGUCUAUAACCUGCCCGCGUGUUUCCUCGGUGGCAGUGAAAUGCAGAGCCGUCCCCUUCAGCCUGUUGCCAACUCAGAGCCCUGCGUGGCCGUAAUGUGCGAACCCCAAAUGAACUGGUUGGUUACCGGACAUUUCUGUGCUUCAGUAACAGCCUGUCGCCAUCGAGUUACGGUGUUCACGCUUUGCAUUGAACCCUUAGCCUCGCACGACCUCUCGCACCUUUGGUUGCAGAGGAAGCGUUUCGGUCUGCGAGAAGCGCCGUUAUCCCCAAAACGGAAGCAAUAACCCCGCUCCUUGAUUUUUCUGCUUCUCUUGUCUCGGACAUCGGUGAAUAGGAGCUGAGGUACACACCGCAUCUCAGUUUGAGAAUUACACAGUAACUUAUCUGGACCUGGGCCUGACCGGAAUCCAGGAAACUCUUUACUUGUUCCACUUGUGCAAUAUCCUAAACAUGAAGUCACGCUGUAGUUUUUGAUCUUCAGAUGUUUAACUUAUUUCAGUGCUGUAAAUCCCAUAAGACGAUUUAUUGUACUUGUGUGACUGGUGUAGAUGUACUGUAGCUCAGCGUACAUAGGGAUGCAUAACCCACCCCGAAAGCUGGCGUCAGACAAGACCCGGCUGCUGUUUCUACCGGUGGUCGAGCCGGGAAAGGUUUUCGAGAGAAGCACGAACCUACAAACGUAAUACACUUACAGAAAUGCCUUGCCAUUGGAUUGGAAAUUGUGCAUUAGCCUUAUCCAUCCGAGCAUUAAUGCACUUUCCCAAAUGCUUGUUAAGUAACUAAUUGGGUUCCACUGCACAGCGCAGAUAAGAUUUUUACUCCUGUUUCAUUCAGGGAAUUCGAUCUAGUGCCCACUGGUAUCAGUGUCAUUUUAAUUUGCAGCUAGAAAGGCAAGUCCAAUUGGCGCCCCACACAGGGAUUCUAACUCGGAGGAAAUAUGAUUUUGGAUUGAUACAUUAAAUUACUGUGGGCCCGAUUGGAGGGAUAAAAAAUGCGGCUAGGCUUCGCUUCAUUGUAGCGAAUCAUAUUCAAACUCCCACUUCAUUAUGCGAUCUACUUUGCAUACUUUAUUGUGACGGGUACGUGCUCUCUGACACCUUCCAAUAAAAAUGUGUGAAUUCCUUUUCCAGUG